AUGACAACUCUCCUGCCAGAUUCUUUUCAUGUGGGAUCUGUCGGUGCACAGGCAGAUUCAACGAGGCCCACAUUCCCUGCUCAUUCGUUUGGAACCUGUGAUCGAGAGAGUGCACGAUUGAAAGUCUACAUGUCUCGAAAACUCGAGAAGUCCAAGGCGAAGCUCAACUCUCCCGGUCCAGUCUACGACAUCCCGUCAGCGGUUGGCGCAGCGCCCAGCUUCUCAUUCGGAACUGACGUGCAGCGGAAGCACGAUCCAAAAAAGUAUCCGGACUCAACCGUAGAUCUGACAUGUGCCACUGUGGACACGCAGAAGGUGAAAUAUGCCAAGACGCCGGGCUGCCACUUUGGCACAGAGCAGAAAUUGGCCCUCAAAAAUGCAGAGAUCAUUCGAACGCAUGCGGGCCUAGCGCUGGGUGCAGAGUCCCCAGGAGCCUUGGAAUAUCACGUCAAGGAGGUGGCAAAGAAGAUGCCUGCCUACUCCUUUGGGCCCACAGAGUCCAUGACGCCGAGAAAGCCGGAAAGCAGGGUCCAGCUAUUGCAGACAAGCACGCCUGCGCGGGUGGGCCCUGGUUCGCAUCCCAAGCCAUCCGGCCUUGGUCACCAGCCAAUGUCACCGCGUCCCACUGCGCCGGCCUGGACGAUGUCUGGCCGCAGUCCUCGAGAAAAAACGCAGACAGAGGCUCUCGCGAUAGAGGACAAAGUUUUUAGCUCCAUAGGGAAGCAGGUGCUGUCUACAAUCCGAUCACCUCCAUCCGUGGCCACAACAAAGUCCACCCGUGAGCAAGUCAGCAGGACCGCGAUGUACGUGUCCGAGAUGGACAAGACUGAUGUUGCUCGCGGACCAAAGCCUCACUUCAACAUGGAGCUGCCGGCCAGCGCUCGAGUCUCAAGACCAGGUGUGUAG